AUGGACACUUCGAGCCCUCGAUUCGAAUCGCGCGGAGAAGUUCAAGGCCAUACUGUGAUCCAAGGCUUGACAGCGCACAACCUCAAAAUGUACCUCCAGGGCAGCAGCAAAGGCGGAGUCCCGCAAAAUGAAAAGGAUGCUUGCCUCGGCACCCUCGGCUUCCGCGAGAUGGACUCCCGCGAGCAAGACAUAAGCCCCGCUGUCGAGCACACGUGUAACUGGCUGUUUGAUACCCCCGAGUUUGAGAAAUGGCGGGAUCGCACAGAUCUGACGGAUAACCAUGGAGUGCUCUGCAUCAGAGGAAAGCCGGGAGCGGGCAAGUCAACAUUGAUGAGACAUGCGCUGGAAUACUGUAAAAGGAAAUUCUCCGAUCAUCUAAUCGUUGCGUACUUCUUCAACGCGCGAGGAAAUACUCUAGAGAAGACUCCACUGGGUAUGCUACGGUCAAUUGUAUACCAGCUAUUGGACAAAGACGACCUGCUGUAUGAACAGUUUGUCCAUAUCUUCCGCAAGAAGCAAAUCACCAGUGAAGGCCGUGGGUGGGAAUGGCGACAAGGAGAACUGAAGACUUUCAUCGCUUCAGUAAUCCAACAGUGGAAAUCAAAGCCUUUACUUCUUUUUGUGGAUGCGCUGGACGAGUGCAAUGAGACAGACAUUCAGGACGUGGUCGAAUUUCUCGAGUUACUGAGCACCGAAGCAAAGAAAUCUGACGUCACUCUGAGAAUCUGUCUCUCUAGACGCCAUCAUCCGCCUCUCAGAAUCACAAAGUGCAUGGAGUUGAUCGUCGAGAAUCACUGCGACCAUCGGGAAGAUAUUGCAACAUAUAUCAAAACGAAGCUGGCGAAACGAGAUGACGAAAUCGAGGCCGAGAUCGAGAGAAAGGCGGAUGGGAUCUUCAUGUGGGUUGUCCUUGUUAUUAAGCUACUGAACAAAGCCUCCCUCAAGGUGCAGGGCAAGAGAAAGGCCAUGCGAGAAGCGCUAGAGAAGAUUCCAGGCGAGCUAGAAGAGGUGUUCGGAAUUCUAUUUAACAAAGAUGAUGAAGACAUGGCUGAGACAGUACUCAUGUUACAGUGGGUAUUGUUUGCCCAGCGGCCACUGAAGCCAGAAGAGCUUUAUUCUGCUAUUGAAACAGGAGACGAGGGGUUGUUGAGUCAGUCGGGCGUCGUUGACCACGAUUCUAUACAGCAAAGCAUCGAGCACUUAUCCAAAGGCCUAGUCGAGAUACGACGCGGGGAUACGACAACUGUGCGGUUCAUUCAUUUAUCAGUUAAUGAUUUCCUUCUCCGGAACAAGAGGCUGCAGACGUUGGACCAGGCGCUGGAGCCGGAUCCUCAUCGCAAGUACCCGCUUCUAGGGUACGCAGCCAGUCAUAUAUUCGACCACGCAGAAAAAGUCCUAGCUGAAGAUACAGCUGGACAAGCCGGCGCUGAAAUCGGAAAGUGGCUAAGGGAUGCCAAUAGCUGGUUCAAAUGGUGGAAAGGCUUUCUCAGUACUAUUGAUGCAUAUCACGGGCUUCAAUACCUGGAAGCAAACAUGGAUGCGGGGCUAUUGUAUAUGGUAUCACUUCGUGGUUAUAGAAGCUUAGUCAAGAACAUCUUGGCUGAAGGUGGCGCCGACGUCAACGCUCAGGGCGGCGAUUUCGGUAACGCGCUCCAGGCGGCUUCCUACCGCGCAUACCAGCAGAUCGUGGAGCGGCUACUCGAGGCGGGCGCCGACGUCAACGCUCAGGGCGGUCAUUUCGGUAACGCGCUCCAGGCGGCUUCCUGGAGCGGAGACCAGCAGAUCGUAGAGCGGCUACUCGAGGCGGGCGCCGACCGGCUACUCGAGGCGGGCGCCGACGUUAACGCUCAGGGCGGCAAGUACGGUAACGCACUCCGAGCUGCCUUACAUAGAAAUCGUCACGGUGUCGCAAACAUGCUUCGUAAGGCAGGAGCAAAUGUCAUCCCUAGACCUCCCGUCGACUCUGGAGAUAAUGACGACAGAGAUGCUGACGCGGACGCUACCACCAGUGAAGAGUCAUGA